UGUCCGUUUCCUCCGGAAGCCCCUCCCUGUUAGCCCCCUUAGCUGUAGCCGGACUCCAGGAGGAACAAACGGGGAGUAAAACACGGAGAAGCGGAGGAAUGCGCCGGUAGGACGGCAGAGAAGCGGUGACCGGACAGCGAGUCAGCCGCCGAACACACCGCGUCACCGGGGGCUGUGCGGCCGGAAGCGUAGAAGAAGAAGGAGAGAAAACAGCGAGCGCUCCUCCGCCUGCUCCCGUCACCUUGUUCUAUAUUUACCGGGGCAACGCGCGCACCUACACGGACUCAAACACCACAACCAUGCAAUCAAUACCUGUUCGCCAUUAGAAAGAGUGUGUGUGUGUGUGUGUGUGUGUGUGUGUGUGUUUGAUCAGAGAUGGGGUUCGGUCGGGAUCUGAGGAAUUCCCACGGGAUAUUGAAGCUGCAAGACUGGGAGUUAAAGCUGCUGGAGACGGUGAAGCGCUUCAUGACGCUGCGAGUGAAGAGCGACAAAGAAUACGCGACUCUGCUGCUCAGCAUGACUCAGCAGACAGAGAAACCGGAAGCCGCCGACUACGUCAGCACCGUGAGCAAGUCCUGGUCCCAGGUGGUCCGACAGACCGAGGCUCUGGGACGCGUCAUGAGGACUCACGCUGAUGAUCUGAACUCGGGUCCUCUUCACCGAUUGGCCACGUUGAUCCGAGACAAGCAGCAGGUGAAGAAGAGCUACCAGAGUCUUCAUCAGCAGCUGGAGAGCCACACCCACAAGGUAACGAGGACUGACCUCGACAAGCUGAAGGCGGCGUAUCGUCAGCUGAGCCGCGACGCCAACAGCGCCAAAGAGAAGUACCGAGAGGCGCUGAUGAAAGGACGGGAGGCGGAGCGCGCCCGCGAGCGCUACGACAAAGCAACGGCAAAGCUCAACAACCUCCACAACCAGUACGUGCUGGCGGUGUGCGGCGCCGCACGCAGCAGGAGGAGCACCGAAGCCACGCCCGCCCCGGCGCUGCUGGACACCCUGCAGAGGAUGCAGGAGGACAUGACGCUCGCGCUUAAGAGCAUCCUGGAGGAGUACUGUGAGAUCAGCAGCCUGCUGACGGAGGAGAUCGUCAAGGCGCACCAGGAGAUCUCGGCGGCGGUGGAGCAGAUCGACCCGUUGGCCGAGUACCAGCACUUCAUCGAUGCCUACCGGUCUCCGGAGACUCAGGAGGCGAGCGUGGAGUUUGACGCCUCUCUAUUGGACGAGACGGACAACCUGCCGGCCAAUGAGAUCCUCUGGAACACGCUGACAGCCGACAGCCUGCAGGCCAUGUUGUCCUCGGCGUCGGAGGAGCUGUCCCUCACUCAGCAGAACCUGAGUACCAAGGAGGCGAUGGCCGACGAGCUCGACUCAAAAAUCCAGACGAGUCAGCAGAGCGCGGAGAGGAAGAGCGACUGUGUCCUGCUGCUCAGUCAGAAACUCUCUGUCCUCGAGCUUCAUCACGCCGUCCAAUCACUACGCGGCUCAGAGGCCCGCCUCGCCUCCCAGAAGGCCUUGCUGGACGCCAAGAUGGCCGCCGCCGCCACCUCCCCGCCCCCGCCGCCUCCUCCCCCCGCACUGCCGUACGAGGACGACGCCCGCUCAGUCGGAUCCACCGACAAAACCAAGGAGAAGAGCUCUCGGUUCGACACUCUGCGUCACUCUCUGGCCGGAAUGAUUCGUUCGCCUAAAGUCCUGUUGAGCUCCUCCUCCUCGCAGCAGUUCUUUGAUGUGAUCCCCACGUCGGAGCGCCCCCUGGCGGAGCAGGAGUGGUACCACGGUGCCAUCCCCCGCACCGAGGCCCAGGAGUUGCUACGGCAACAGGGAGACUUCCUGGUGAGGGAGAGUCACGGUAAACCGGGCGAGUACGUCCUGUCGGUGUUUUCUGACGAGCAGAGGCGACACUUCAUCAUCCAGUACGCCGACACUCAGUACCGUUUCGAGGGCACCGGUUUCUCUACGAUUCCUCAGCUCAUCGAGCAUCACUUCUCCACCAAACAGGUCAUCACCAAGAAGUCCGGAGUUGUGCUGCUCAACCCCGUCGUCAAGGAUAAGAAAUGGAUCCUGAACCACGAGGACGUGGCGCUGGGGGAGCUGCUGGGGAAGGGUAACUUCGGCGAGGUGUUCAUAGGAACGUUGCAGCGCGACAAAACGCCGGUGGCUGUGAAGACGUGUAAAGAAGAUUUACCUCGAGAGCUGUAGAUCAGGUUCCUGUCGAAGGCCACGUGGGCAUAUCAAUACAU